AUGGAAAGAAAAACAAAUUAUGCUAGUUUAUUGAAGUCCACGCAAAAUUUAAAACAUUCAAUUGACGAGUUGGUUUGUAAAAAUCACAACGAUAUAGAUAUUCUAGACGUAGAACGUAUGCGGAAAUUGAUCGAAAACAUGAUUCAGGAAUAUGCAUUGGAUGCCAAAUGCAAUAACGAUCAAAGAUUGAUAUCAAAUUGCAGUAAAUUUUGUAAAAUAAACGAAAAAAUUCAAAGUAAAAUGAAAGAAAUUAUUGACGUCUCUUCGAGUUUUUGCGCUGAAACGACUGCAAUGAAAUGUAAUGCAAAGAAAAAAAUGGAAGAUAAUGAAGAAUGUCAAAAUGUAACAAAUGAAGACAAUGCAAACAAACGACAAAACGAUUUACACGAAAAAUGUAAAUCACAAUUGAAAUUUUACGAAGAAUACGUCAACGAAUUAGAGUGCCGCUUAAAGGGAUUUAUCGAGUAUAUGAUAGAAGGACAGCGAUCGGAUCAGAAACACAUAAAGAGGGAAAUUUACCUCAAAUCGACGAUAGAAAAAAUAAAAAGGAAAGAGUGCUAUUACAAGGCCAUAGUACAAAAGCUGUCGGAAAAAUUGGAUUACUCGAGGAAAAAAUCGGAAGAACGUCAGAAGUGGUUCGACGGAGUGGUGUCUAAAGCCGGACAACUGAGGUGUGUUGCCGAAGAAAACGCGACGAAUUCGGCGGAACUGGCAAAAACGUUAGCUUCGUUCGCGGUCGAUCUGUCAGUGUCCAACCAGCUGCAGUACCCGGAAGCGGUGACGGCGGAGGCGUGCGACGACCAAAACAGGGUGGCAAAUCCGUCCGGAUCUCCCGAGAUUGUAGACAAUGGCACUUCCGGCUGCAGUCAGCGUACAGGGGUUGCGGAGGUCUCGGCGGCAAUCGUCGACGAAACUUUUCUACGACCGAUGUCGCAAAGCACGCCUAUACGGGAUCUUCCGUGCCGCCACCACUGCCGGUACAGUUUUUCGACAGGUGACGAUUCCUACGAUGACUCUGAAGACGAUGACGACGAAGAGGAUGAUCUUCCGUCGGUUUGCCUCGAAACUGCCGCCGCCGUCAAAUGCGGACGACCUGAAAACGACGAACCGCGUCGCCGAUGUUCUAAACUUUUCCUGAGGUCGCGGAAGAGGACCGACGUGGACAACAGCGGGACGGAAACAGCGGGCUGUGUUGGUGGAUCGAAGCUCACCAAAAGAACGCUGGAAACGGUAGAAAUGUGUCCGCCGAACUGCGUCUGCUGCUGCAACCGACUGAACUCCACGAAACACCAAUCAUAAAUACCUGCAAGUUUCUAAUAAAACCAAGAGGGCGAAUAAAAUAUGCUUA